AACUUGUGCCGUAGAAAGAAGGCAAACGAACGAGGAAAUUUUAUCAAAUUUAAUCAAUAAUUUCACCAAUUAAAUUCGGACAAAAAAAUCUACAACAACAACCACACACACAAACAAACAUCGAAGGUGAAAAGCAAGUAAUUCAUCUAUUUUGAGUGGUUCGUGGUUCGGUGCGGCUCACCUUCAGCUAAGUAAUAUAUUAAUGCACCAUGAAUCGGUAUAUAACAUUGACCCAACUGGGUGAUGGCACCUACGGCACCGUGGUAUUGGGUCAACGAAAAGAUACCGGCGAAAAAGUGGCCAUCAAGAGAAUGAAACGGAAAUACUAUUCCUGGGAGGAGGCGAUGAAUUUGCGAGAAGUGAAGUCCUUGAAGAAGCUAUCGCAUCCGAAUAUCGUUAAGCUAAAAGAGGUGAUUCGUGAGAACGACACGUUGUAUUUUGUAUUCGAAUACAUGAAGGAGAACCUAUACCAGAUGAUAAAAGAUCGUGACACCCACCUGCCUGAGCCGACACUUAAGAGUAUAUUGUUCCAGGUUUUAACUGGGCUGGCUUUCAUGCAUCGACAUGGUUUUUUCCAUCGUGAUCUUAAGCCAGAAAAUCUCCUUUGUUCCGGGCCAGAGUUGAUAAAAAUUGCUGAUUUCGGAUUAGCCAGAGAAAUUCGAUCUAGACCACCGUUUACGGAUUAUGUUUCAACCCGUUGGUACAGAGCUCCAGAGGUUUUAUUGCAUUCAACCAAUUACGGAAGCUCCAUCGAUAUGUGGGCUAUGGGAUGUAUUAUGGCAGAGCUGUAUACUUUUCGUCCGCUUUUCCCCGGCAGCAGUGAGGUCGAUCAGCUCUAUAAAAUUUGUUCUGUUCUAGGAACACCCGACAAGAAUGACUGGCCUGAGGGAUAUCGGCUAGCUGCAUCCAUUCACUUUCGGUAUCCGGAUUGUGUCCGGGUGCCUUUAAAUUCCAUUGUCACUCGUUGCAGCCAACCAGGUUUAGACCUAUUGGAAGAUAUGCUGCUCUACGAUCCGGACAAAAGACCCACGGCCCAACAAAGUCUCAAGUAUCCAUAUUUCAAUGCACUGAAGCGUAUAUCGCCUGCAGCGGCGACCAAGGCCAGCAUAAAGCUUACUUCAAAGUAUGCCAAUAACGUAGGAAUGACACUGCAACAGCAACAACAGCUGUCCAGCAAUAUGCUUCCGGUGCAAGAAAAACUGCAGUCGCUAACGGAUAUGAUACAUCGUAGCAACAAUAACAAUAACAACAACAAUAAAAAUACCACAAACAACAAUCUGAAUCGAAACGAUCUAACAGAGGCCAAUUUGCUGAACAACUCGAAAAAUGGACACAUCGUGGUCCAGCAAGCCAAAAAUGUCAGCCAUGUACAAAUACCUAAGAUAAGCUUUCUAACGAUGAACACAAACGACCUGAUGCAUCCCGUCGCCCCCACGAUGCGAAUAACGACGAAACAGACAAAGCCCCCAGACGAAGGUUCUUCGGUGAAGAGUGAAACGAUCCGAUACAAUACGAUUUUGGCACCCUCUAGUAAUAUAUACCUCAGUACCGGCAACCUCAACCAGAGCACGGAUAAUUUGGCCCGAACGGAAUCUAUAAAUGAUAUAUACUUGAAUCGUAACAUAUCACACCUGUUCGGAAUCAGCAGCCAGAAGCCCGCACAGGCUGCCACUCAACAACAUCAUCAUCCGAAUGUGUCGUUUCACAGUGGCAAACACCAGAUGGUGGGAGGUGGGAACAGCAACAACAGCAAUCGCACUGGAAACACCAUCUACAUGAACGGAACACGCAACUACGCUCUGUAUGAGACAGCUGCAAAAAAUGCCAAAAACUCUGCCAAAAUUGGUGGUUACUAUGUGUACACCAGACCCACACAGGACCCCUUCCCCUACGAGCCGACCAAAGUGUACAACAUGUUUUCGAAAGUGGCCAUGGGUCAACAGAACGGUUCCUCUGAGUUCAUACUAAGCAGUUCUAACGGAAAGUCCAAUUUGAUGGGUAGCAAAAUCUAUGGUAACAACGAUGACUAUUCGGCACGAUCGCGGGUCAAAGAUACCGAUAAGGCUGUAUAUCGGGGAGUUAAUAUGCCAAACAAACAAUUCGACUCGGAGGUAGUCGAGAAAAAUGCCGACAACGAUGAUGAAUUGGACACAAUACUGGGGAAAAAACUGAAAAGCUCUGCCAAAAAACAAAGAUCAUCCAAGUCGAAUAUUUUGCUGGAAGAUCUCUUUGGUCACUUAUCCAUGGACUCCGAUCUGAGCGAUUCAAAGUAUGCAGACCAGAAUCUAACGGAUCGCACAUCGGCUGCCCUGACAGUGGGCAAACACUCGAAUGUGCUAAGCAGCAUCGAGGCGAACAACGGGAGUCGGACCGAUUCAUUUGCUACAAAUCCGGUCAACGCUCAAAUGGACGCUAACACGACGUUCCCCUGGGAUGAAACCAACAAGACCGAAGAUGAAAAGCUAACCGCUUGGAUGGUAUCUGACAGCGCCAAACUUAAGUAUUCGAAUAACGUUUAGGACUUCAUUGCGUUCUGCCAUGUGGCAGCCAACCUGAAGCCAGGAUCCGGCUGGUGGACAUCAUCUUGGUACCUGAGAGUUUGAAACCGCCCAUACAAAGUCACAACAUUGUCAAUGUCCAAUAGCUCAACAAACGAUGCCUAUCGUCCCCGGCGCAGAUAAUCUGCGCCAUCCUUUGGAGCGGGCCCACCCAUUGCGAAGUGGACAUUCUACUAAUAGUCAAAUAAGUAUUGCUGUGAUACAUUUAAGUUAGAACAUAUGAAACCAUUUAUGUUGUAUGUAUGUGUGUGUACAUUUAUUGUAAGACAGACGCUGAGCCGAGAGAAGGAGAUAACAAAAAGAGAGAAAGAGAGUGUGCGCUCAAAUGAAAACGCAACCAUUAUUUAUGAGUAUAGUU